AUGCAACAUAGCUGGGAGCUGUUCCCCAAGAUCAGAGAACCUCCAGAACUAGGGCAACAUCAGAGCGAAUUACCAGGGACAUGUCAGGCAAAGGACAAGCAUGAGCCCUCACAGCCCACUUCACUCACAGGUGAAAGCAGCAACGAUGCACAGAACGUGGGGCUCCAGCUAAGCCCCCAUACAGGGAAGAUCCCAAAAGAUCUCUCCAGGGGCUCAGAAAGCUCCCUAGUGACGUUUCAGAGGGGAGACUCUGAGGAGUCAGAAAGUGACGAAAUGCUUUGGAGAAGGGACUCCGGAAGCGAUUUACUGAGGAACUUAGACAAAAAUCCUGAAAACACGCUAAAAGGCCACUUGGGCAGCAAGUUGGGACAGAUGAGCAAGGACCUGAUGAGUGUGCAUGGACCCUGGCUUCCUGUCAACCACUCUUAUGCCAAGACUGACACU